AUGCAACGGCGUCACAUGGCCGCAGCCCAUCAUUCGGUCGAAAGCUGACCUAUGCUUUAAUCCGGCCUCCAUCUUCCCUCUACCAGAUCGUUCAUCUUUUACCUUUUCAACUUCCCACACUUCCGGUGGCUUCCACAUCCUUGGUUGCUAACUGCGUCCUCAUUCAAAAGGACAGAGGAUGGUUCUCUACGUUCUUUCACGGCGUUUAACGAGUGGAACAACGACGGCGCAGCCUUCCCUGGCCUUGCGUCUCGCUUUCUGUUCGAGAUCAUAUUCUACUUCGUUCAGAGAAGAAAAAGAUACCUUUGGACCAAUUCAAGUUCCAUCCGACAGAUUAUGGGGAGCGCAAACUCAAAGGUCGUUGCAGAAUUUUGAUAUUGGUGGCGAGCGUGAACGAAUGCCUGAACCCAUUAUUCGCGCCUUUGGCAUCUUAAAGAAAGCCGCUGCGAAGGUGAACAUAGAAUAUGGACUUGAUCCCACCAUUGGGAAAGCUAUAAUGAGGGCAGCACAAGAAGUAGCCGAGGGGAAGCUAAAUGACCAUUUUCCACUAGUUGUAUGGCAAACUGGCAGUGGCACUCAAAGCAACAUGAAUGCUAAUGAGGUUAUUGCAAACAGAGCAGCUGAGAUUCUUGGUCAUAAGCGUGGUGAAAAGUUUGUGCACCCAAAUGACCAUGUCAAUAGAUCACAAUCUUCUAAUGACACAUUCCCAACUGUAAUGCACAUUGCAGCUGCAAUGGAAAUAAAUUCAAGACUAAUUCCAAAACUGAAAACCUUACAUUCUUCACUACAUUCCAAGUCUGUUGAGUUCAAAGAUAUUGUGAAGAUUGGGCGCACCCAUACUCAAGAUGCAACUCCAUUAACUCUUGGGCAGGAAUUUAGUGGCUAUACUACACAAGUGAAGUAUGGAAUUGAUCGAGUGAUGUGUACUUUACCCCGAAUUUAUCAGCUGGCACAGGGUGGAACAGCUGUUGGGACUGGAUUGAAUACAAAGAAGGGGUUUGAUGUUAAGAUAGCAGCAGCAGUAGCUGAGGAAACAAACCUGCCUUUUGUCACAGCAGAAAAUAAGUUUGAGGCCUUGGCUGCCCAUGAUGCUUUUGUUGAAACCAGUGGAGCCCUCAACACAGUCGCAACAUCUUUAAUGAAGAUUGCAAAUGAUAUACGUUUAUUGGGAAGUGGUCCACGUUGUGGCCUUGGUGAACUCAUUCUUCCUGAAAACGAACCUGGAAGCAGUAUUAUGCCUGGGAAGGUUAAUCCUACCCAGUGUGAGGCUCUAACAAUGGUCUGUGCACAGGUCAUGGGAAACCAUGUAGCCAUCACAGUGGGUGGAUCAAAUGGUCAUUUUGAACUCAAUGUAUUUAAACCGAUGAUUGCAAGUUGUCUCCUGCAUUCACUUAGACUGCUCGGAGAUGCAUCAGCUUCCUUUGAAAAGAAUUGUGUAAGAGGUAUUCAAGCUAAUAGGGAAAGAAUUUCAAAAUUAUUGCAUGAGUCACUAAUGCUUGUCACAUCUUUGAACCCAAAAAUUGGCUAUGACAAAGCCGCGGCAGUUGCCAAGACAGCCCACAAAGAGGGAGCCACUCUUAAGGAAGCUGCAUUGAAGCUUGGAGUACUUACCUCUGAAGAAUUUGACACUCUUGUGGUGCCUGAGAAAAUGAUUGGCCCAACUGAUUGACCAAUUGCAAGGUUUUUAAAAGUUCCAGGGAUAAUUCCCUGCCCCAUUUAAGUAUUAUUUUUUAACCUAAUCCUUUGAUUGGGUUGAGGAAUGAUUGAUUCAAUAAGCUAAAUUUUGACGUCCAAAAUUGAUAUUCUUGAGGGAGGAACCCCUCCAGAUUUGACAGUAUACAAUAAUGCGGGACUUGCUCACCCAAAAUAAAGGAAAACUAUUGUCA